CUGUCCUUCCUGGGACUGUGACUCCGCUCUGUCUCUUUCCUUUCCUCUGUUUCUCUCAACAGUUUUUCACAAGAAGCGAGAGAUCGUAGCUCGCUUUUCCGUCGCCCUCCUCCCACGGCCCACCUCACCAAAUCCAAACUUUAACCUUCCUUCUCACUCCAUUCUCCAGUCCCACCUCUCGCUCCUGCAUUCCUCUAUUUCUCUGCUGUUGCAAUCUCUGCGAGUUCCCGCAUUUCUUUCUUCCUCCCGUCUCUUCAGCGAUUUCCGUUCAGCAAUGAGCUCCCAGGGGGCCAAAUCUGCCCGAAAUGCUAAACCCACAACCCAAACUCCACAAUCCAGCUCGAGAUCUUCCUCCCUCGCCGCCCACAUGGCCAUGGUGGAGCUCAAACAGCGAAUCCUCACUUCCCUCUCCAAGCUCGCUGACAGGGACACGCAUCAGAUCGCGCUCGAGGACCUCUACUCAAUCAACGAUACGCUCUCCCAUGAAGCGCUGCCAAUGCUCCUCAAUUCCCUCUACGACACCUUGUCCGAGCAGUCCACUGCCAAACCCUCCGUCAAGAAAGAGUCCGUGAACUUGCUCGCCCUCGUUUGCCUGUCCCACCGGGAAUUGACGCUCCCCCAUUUGGCCAAAAUAAUUACCCACAUUGUCAAGAGGCUUAAAGAUUCCGAUUCGGGGGUCAGGGAUGCUUGCCGCGAUGCUAUUGGUGCUUUGUCCGGGUUGUAUCUCAAGGGCGGCGGAGAAGGUGGUGGCGGCGAGGGGAAUCAUGGCGGCGGCGGGGGGCAUGUGGUGGGGUUGUUCGUCAGGCCGCUGUUCGAGGCUAUGGGAGAGCAGAACAAAGUCGUGCAGGCGGGCGCUUCUUCUUGUAUGGCUAAAAUGAUUGAGUGCGCUGCUGGCUUGGACAAUGCGGGUUCUGGUGGUGCUCCGGUAGCCUCUUUUCAGAAGCUUUGUUCCAGGAUUUGUAAGCUGCUCAAUGGACAGAAUUUCCAGGCCAAAGCAGCUCUGUUGGGUGUUGUGGCCAAUUUGUCCCAGGUUGCCCUCAAGCAGCAGAUCGUAACUUCUUUGUCUAAACUUGCUGAUAAUGAUACCUAUAACAUUGCAGCCAAAGACCUUGAUUCCCUUGUGCAGAACCUGUGUCUUAGAACGAAUGAUGUGCAGGUGGGGGCAGUUGCCCCACAAAGCUUGGGACCAUUGCUGCAGAGUAUUCAUGACUGCCUUAGCAGUACAGAUUGGCCAACACGCAAGGCUGGAGCUGAUGCUUUAACUGCCUUAGCAGUCCAUUCAUGCAGCUUAGUUUCAGCUGAAGUUGCUGAUUCUACAUUCACGGCACUUGAGGCUUGCCGCUUUGAUAAGGCAUCUUUUCCUCUCAUAUUUUGCUCCAUUAAACUGAAAAUCUCUUCUUUCUAUCAGAUAAAACCUGUUAGAGAUAGCAUGAAUGAGGCAUUGCAAUUGUGGAAGAAGAUUGCCGGGAAAGGAGGCGACGGAGUUUCAGAUGACCAAAAAGCUUCCUCUGCAGGUGGUGAAAAUCAAGAAAAUGCUGAAUUUACAGAAAAAGGUCCAAAUGCUAGGGACAGAAGGGUAGAGUCCUCUGCGAUAGAUCCACCUAAUGGCUCUCCCCUAGGUACAGGUUCUGCUGCAAAGGCCCAAUCUGGAAACAUGCCAGAUAAGGCAGUUGUAAUAUUGAAGAAGAGAGCACCUGCUCUGACGGAAAAACCGAACCCAGAAUUCUUCAACAAACUAGAAACAAGGGGUGAUGAUGAGUUGCCUGUUGAAGUUGUUGUUCCUCGUAGGUGCAUUAAUUCUUCUAAUCUAAACAAUGAGGAGGAACCAGUAUCAAAUAAUGCAGAACAGAAGGGAAGAUCAGAUCCCUCAGCAAACAGCAGGUCUGAUGAGCCGUAUUUCAAUAAUAGAUACCGCACCAAUGAUAGAGGAAUUAUGGGGAGAGAUCCCAAAAGCCGAGCGUUUGAUGAUGAACGGAGUGAUUACAACAAUAGGGGGGAGACAGUCGGAAAUCGCGCUGCAGGUCUCUCCAAAACUGAUGGACAAUCGGAAGGAUCCUUGGCAAAUAGUAGAGGGAAUUGGUUGGCAAUUCAGAGGCAGUUACUGCAACUAGAAAGACAACAGACGCAUCUUAUGCAUAUGCUUCAGGAUUUUAUGGGUGGAUCCCAUGAUAGCAUGGUGACCUUGGAAAACAGAGUUCGAGGUCUUGAGAGAGUUGUGGAAGACAUGGCCAGAGAUCUGUCUAUGUCCUCUGCUGCUAGGAGAGGUGGUACUAACUUUUCCAUGGCUUUUGAGGGUUCAUCUUCUAAUCGAUCAUUGGGAAAAUUCAAUGGUUUUUCAGAUUAUUCUAGUGUGAAGUAUAAUGGUCGGGCUCCAUUUGAGGACAGAUUUGUGCAAUCUGAUGUUAAUUCUUCAGCUGCAAGGGGGAGGAAUCCUCACUGGAGAGCAGACACAUCUGAUACUUGGGAUUUCCCCUCGUAUAAUUCUAGAAAUGGUCAGGUUGGCUCAAGGAGAGCUCCAGGUGGUGGUGGUUCUCUAGGGUCACCAAAAUCUGAGCAUGAAAAUGAUCAAGUUGGCAGCAGCAGGAGAGGUUGGGAUAAGGGUGGUGGUGGGCCCUCUCGGCUUGGUGAGGGGCCCUCUGCUAGAAGUGUUUGGCAGGCAUCCAAAGAUGAAGCUACUUUGAAAGCCAUCCGUGUUGCUGGGGAAGACAAUGGACCGUUAUCACGGACUGCCAGGGUGGCCAUUCCUGAAUUGACUGCAGAAGCCAUGGGAGAUGACAACGGUGUUGAGCAAGAGCGGGACCCUGUUUGGACUUCAUGGAGUAAUGCAAUGGACGCCCUUAAAGUUGGUGACAUGGAUACGGCUUAUGCUGAAGUCAAUUCCACUGGAGAUGAUCUGUUGCUUGUGAAGAUUAUGGACAUGACAGGGCCUGUGGUUGACCAACUCACGGAUGAAACAGCAUGUGAUGUCUUUCAUGCUAUCGCUCAGUUCUUGCUGGAUCACAACUUGUUUGACCUCUGUUUCUCUUGGAUUCACCAGUUGGUAGACAUAGUUAUGGAGAAUGGAGCAGAUGUUAUGGGGAUUCCCAUGGAUUUGAAGAGGGAGCUUUUGUUGAACUUACACGAGGCUUCCACAGGAAUAGAUCUGCCCGAGGAAUGGGAAGGCAUCGGUCCUGACCAACUUCUGCUGCAGUUAGCAGCAGCUUGGGGCAUUGAACUGCAACAGUUUGACAAGUGAAAAUCAAACACCACUCCCCUAUGGCCUAAGAUUGUGAACAAGGAUCCAGUGUUGUGCCUGGUUGAUUUGCUUGCUUGUUUGUGAGCUUUUGUUGAUAGAUCGAUUGACCGCCCGUGUAUCUUUGUAGUUUUCAUUCCUUUUCUUUUUGACUGGAGAGUUGAAAGGAAAUGAAUAUAUAGCUUCAUGAUCGUGAAUAGCAAAGGAUGGGCAGUUGCAAGUUACUACUGACAGUCC